CGAGGGGGGCGCCGGGUAACGCCAUUUUCACGCACCGCGCAGUCAGUCAGUCAUCCAGCCAGUGGACCAGCGAGCUGUCAUCUUCACCGGCGACUCGUCAACUCCUCAUUUCGCCCCAUGAAGCCGCCAUCAAGUUAGUUUCACGGACUUGUUCCUGCCAUGGAACCGACGGAGAACAGGCUUUUCCUGUAUGGCUCCGACUAAAGUCAGUGUUUCUGACAGUUAGCUAUGUAGCUAGCUGGUCAUCAUUAACGGCGGUUGAUGCAGUGAAGCCCAGCGUCAGUCGGCAGAACAUAUCCCAGCCGGACACAGUUUGGAUAUUGUGUUUUAUAACUUCUAUAUUUUCACCCUGAUCAGCAAGAGUUGUGGGUCAAAGGAGCAACACCUUCAUUUACAAAAAGACGUGAUUUAGACGGUGAAAAGGCGAGAAAAACGGACGUUACAGUGAAGCUACAUUGGCAACGGAUGUCCUAGAGAACGGAUGCGUGAGGACAUGUCCACCAUGGUGUGCGUGAAGGAUGAGGAGGAUCCUGGGGAGAAGCUGUCCCAGGAUGAGAUCAUCUCCCGGACCAAGCAGGUGAUCCAGGGGCUGGAGGCCCUGAAGCAGGAGCACCACUCCAUCCUGGAGGGUCUGCUGGGCACGCUGCGCUGCCUGAAGCAGGAUGAGGAGGGCGUCCUGGUGGAGGAGAAGUCCCACAUGAUACGCAAGUCCCUGGAGAUGCUGGAGCUCGGGCUGAGCGAGGCACAGGUGAUGAUGGCGCUCUCGAGCCACCUGAGCUCAGUGGAGUCGGAGAAGCAGAAGCUUCGGGCUCAGGUACGCCGGCUCUGCCAGGAGAACCAGUGGCUGAGGGACGAGCUGGCCGGGACGCAGCAGAAGCUGCAGAAGAGCGAGCAGAGCGUGGCCCAGCUGGAGGAGGAGAAGAAGCACCUGGAGUUCAUGAACCAGCUGAAGAAGUACGACGAGGACUUGUCCCCAUCUGAGGAGAAGGACUCUGAUUCCAGUAAAGAGACUCUGGACGAUCUCUUCCCAGAUGAUCAGGACGACCAAGCCCCAGGCAUCCAGCCGAGUCACGGCAGCGCUGCAGCAGCGGCUGCCCAGCAGGGAGGCUAUGAGAUCCCGGCCCGUCUGAGGACCCUCCACAACCUGGUGAUCCAGUACGCCUCCCAGGGCAGGUACGAGGUGGCUGUGCCCCUCUGCAAACAGGCCCUGGAAGACCUGGAGAAGACCUCUGGACACGACCACCCAGACGUGGCCACCAUGCUCAACAUCCUCGCCCUUGUUUACAGGGAUCAGAACAAAUACAAGGAGGCAGCCAACCUGCUGAAUGAUGCUCUGGCCAUCAGGGAGAAGACUCUGGGCAGGGACCAUCCAGCUGUCGCCGCCACCCUCAAUAACCUGGCUGUCCUCUAUGGGAAGAGAGGAAAGUACAAGGAAGCAGAGCCUCUGUGCAAGAGAGCGCUGGAGAUCAGAGAAAAGGUGCUGGGGAAGGACCACCCAGAUGUGGCCAAGCAGCUCAACAACCUGGCCCUGCUGUGUCAGAACCAGGGCAAGUACGAGGAGGUGGAGUACUACUACAUGAGAGCGCUGGAGAUCUACCAGACCAAACUGGGCCCCGACGACCCCAACGUGGCCAAGACUAAGAACAACCUGGCAUCCUGUUACCUGAAGCAGGGCAAGUUCAAGCAGGCUGAAACUCUGUAUAAAGAAAUCCUCACCCGCGCUCAUGAGAGGGAGUUUGGCUCUGUCGAUGAUGAGAACAAACCAAUAUGGAUGCAUGCUGAGGAGAGAGAGGAACAAAGCAAGGGGAAACAGAAGGACGGCUCACCCUUUGGAGAAUAUGGAGGCUGGUACAAAGCCUGCAAAGUCGACAGCCCCACAGUGACCACCACCCUGAAGAACCUGGGCGCCCUCUACAGGCGGCAGGGCAAGUUCGAGGCGGCUGAGACUCUGGAGGAAGCUGCCAUGCGUUCCAGAAAGCAGGGUCUGGACAAUGUGCAUAAGCAGCGCGUGGCGGAGGUCCUGAGCGAGCCAGAGGCCCGCGAGAAGCAGCGAAGCCGCGAGAGCUUGACCUCUGACACGGUGAAGUACGAGAGCGGGCCGGACGGUGGCGAGGAAGUGAGUAUGAGCGUGGAGUGGAACGGGGACGGCUCCGGCUCUCUGAAGAGGAGCGGCUCCUUCAGUAAACUGCGAGCGUCGAUCCGUCGCAGCAGCGAGAAACUGGUCCGCAAGCUGAAAGGCGGCGGCUCGUCCCGAGACAGCGAGCCCAAAAACCCCGGCAUGAAGCGAGCCAGCUCUCUGGGGGUUCUUAACGUGACGGACAAGGCUGCGAGUGACCACUACCAAGAACGAAAUAAUCGUCUGAGGAAAAGUCGCGACCUGAGCGCCAGCCACACCAACCUGGCGCGUUGACGGUUUUCGACCCUGGAAGAGGUGACGGACGGAGCCUGAGAGGUCACUUCCUGUCCACGAACCUCCUCACUGUAAACAGCCUCCCACAUUCAACUUCACACCACCAAGUGCUCACUGUACAGGGUUCAAUGUUUCAUUGCACUUUCUGAAGGUCUGUGGUGUUUUACGUUUUUUUAAAUCAACACACAUCGAGGAACAAGAGGAAGACGAACACACACUGACCUGCUGUGUGUCUGAGUGUGUGUAUCUUUACCUGUAUGUGCGUGUACUGUAUGUACUAUAUGUAAGUGUGUGGCUGGUGUGAGUGGUUGCCUUUCUUAAUAUUUAAUGCUCUCGCUUGAACGAAGGCAGACGCAGAGUGGAGCUUUAGUUUUACAAACAUUUCUGUAACUAAAACUGCUGCAGUUAAACUGUGGAGGGUGAAGCCAAAGAAAUACAGAGCUCAAGUUCACCAACACAAAGACUAAACCGACAUAAAAAACCUGCUGCAAACUGCACGUUAAAGUGUCCAAACAUCUCUGAAUGAAUCAAUGAGCGAAAUAAAUUAAUCUAGAUCAUGUGUUACUGAUACUUUUACCUACCUACAGGUACAGGAAGGUAAACUUUAACGUCUCUGAGGGGCAAUUUGAGCUAAAGACAGUAGUCAUUAGUUUUUUCAACUAGCUAUCAUGCUAGCUAUGUUAGCUAACACUGUCAUCAAGCCUUUGAUCAUAACAGAAUAUAGGAACUUUCACCAUUACUCGUUACAGAAAGACCACCUUUGUUUAGAUUAUUAACAGGACAAUGGAUAAUAAGUGUCUGUUUCUGCUCCCAGCGCAAGCUAGCUUAGGUAGCAGGCUAACAUUAGCGAGCCUUCAUUUUCCCAGGAUCGGGCCUGCCGGCAGACAGAUUUGCAUCACGAAAACAAGGUUUAUUGGGAACUAAUCUAAACACAAAUAAUAACACAACAAAAAAGUGUUUUCUUGUGGCGUCCUUUCUAAAAUGAACAGUGGUUGAAGUUACGACAGUCUGUUAGGAUCAAGGAGUUGAUGACAAGCAAACAACGUUAGCUAGCACAUAUCUGUCGCCAGUCUGACCUUACGUUUUUUAUUACAUUACUCUCAUUUUGAACAUAAUACAGCAGCACAGACCAAACUGAGGCUAUAGUAAGCAUACAUUAAAAUUAAAGAAGUAACUUGAGUACAUUUGACAGCAGAACAGAGUGCUGCAGGACAUUUUGCUAAAGUUAGCACCACCCUGGUUCCUUCGUCAAAAAGCCGAUGGGAUAUUUCCACUGGAUUUUGGAUUAUUGUAGAAAAUAAGCUCUGUUGUUUAAACAUUUAUUACGCAUUGUACCUGAGUACAAUACAAAACACAGACACACAGUAUCCAGUACAACACUGUCAGAGGUCAAUCAUGGACAUUAAGGGUCAGUGCUGGUUAAGAUAAGCGAUAGACAGGACUAAGGACGAUCUGUAACGCUUUGUGCUGCAUUUAGGGAGGCAAAACCUCCGCCCUGAUGGAAGCAUCUGAAACUCAACACGGAGGGGAUGUUGACCGAGUUUUAGAGGUGACCCUCUCUUCAUACAGAUGCUGUAGGUUACUAAAAGUAACACCAGAGAUCUUACAGCACAUCUUAGCCACUUCUUCCAACUUGUUCUUGUUGAAAGGCUCAGAUUACCAAACCAACAGACAAUGAACGGGCACGAUAAAAGCAGAAUAGAACAUUUUCAUGAUCGUCCUGUCUACAUCAAAACUCCUCAGCUUCCUUAAGAGGAAUAGACAUUGGUUUGCCUUCUUAGGGCCGUUUCAUAGUCGACACAAAGGCACACAGACGCGAAUGCAUUGGGACGCGUCAAGACACAUUGGCUGCCAUGAUGCGUGCUUGCAUCUCAAAAUGUGUUGUCCAUUUUUUUGAUACACGACACAGUGACGUGUGUAAUACCAUGCGUUGCCAGCGGGGGUGAUAAUGCAAGUGGCGUACUUGAAAUUAACUACUUUUUGUUAUUCACAGAAGAAGCAGGUAUGGAGUAUGGCGGGCGAGGAGGAAAAACUUUGCAAACUCAGACGGGCACACCCCAUUUAUAUGACAGUUCUAGUGCCCUGUACUCUAAUAAAAUAGCAGUACUAGCUAGCUACAGCAAUACUAGCUAGCCGGAAUGUACCGGUGACUCUGCUACCCCCUAUUGCAUGAGCGAUGUAUUGCAUUUCAAGUGUCGUCCGCAUCGCUUCCGUUCAGUGUGUUGACUAUGAAAGGAAGUGCUUUGCUUGUGUCGCUUGCUCGCGUUGCGUGCGUCGACUAUGAAACGGCCCUUACAGAUGUCGUCAGUGUUCACGUCAAAAUUAAAUUUGUCAAAUCUUGAUGCAACAUUACUCUGAUAUUCAUUUGUGUACAAACAAAAAAAGGAUAAGAAAGGACACACCCCUGAGACCCUCUGAGACCUGUUCACCACUUUGGCUUCAUGCUCUGAGGUUUAACUGGAGCAACAGGAGAAACUUCUGCCUCUCAGAAAAUGUUUUUAGCAACUAAAACUGCAGCGACUCUGCAGAGAAACCGUCCAGCAAUGACGUCUUUCUGUAGGCCGACCCGGACGUUAGCUUAGCUCAUGCAUUCACUCUGCAGACUCCCAGUGGAGGCUCUGAACUGGGUUUUUGGAUUAAUUGAGAAAAUAAGAUCUGUGGCAAAAUAAUAUUUAUGAUGUUCACACAAGAAAAUCCUCACAAAUAUUUUAACCACAGUGUAAGACCUUAUUUUCUGCAUUAAUUAACCCUUUAAGUUAAAACCAUUGGAAACGUGUGGAGUGAACCCUCAUCUCUUUAAGACUUGUUUCCUAAAAUGCUCCGUCCUGUGCUGAUUGCAGAUUUUUUGCUUGUGAUGAAGUUUUAUGUUUACAUUUGGGUUUUUUUGUAAAUGAUGUUUUAUUUGUUUCUGUCCUCUUGCUGCUCCGAAGAGUUCCUUUUUAUAUCUUCCUGUAAAAAGCCUGGAGAAUAGCCGCUGUCUUCCGAAACGUUGAGGUUGAGGCAGGACGACAACAUUUUAUUGGCACAUGAAGGCCGACCGACGCACUCUCAGGAUCGAGGCUGUAGUUUCACACACUGACUGCAAAGUUAAAGCCACUCCACACUUCUAUUAGCGGAGAGACGUUACAGCAUUUAUUUUACUUCCAGAUAUAUUAGUGGUUAUUCAAGACAACACUUUACCACGUGAGUAAAGUCGAGCCAAUCCAACCAAAAACUGCAAAUACUGAAUUAUUUAAGAAACACUUAUUAUGCAAGAGUUAUUCCAGAGAUUUAAGGUGCAAAUGUAAAGAUAUAUAUUUGCUAUUACCAAAAUAAGAUAGUUAUAUAACUAGUUAAAUAUAGAUUUAUGUCACCAGCGUUUUACUUUGAUAAAAACUAAUAUGAAUAACUGGAAUCAAUUGAUGGAUGGAAACGUGUGUCCACACUCCGCUGGAUCAAAACCCAGAUAACAAAGUUGAUUCUACAUCACACAAAUUAAACUUCAAACAUGAAUUAACACUUCAAACUUUCAUAUAAAAUAAAGAAAAGAUGCAAAUCCUCAUGACAGAAAAGCUGAAAGUGGGUUAAGUUUAAAAAUAUGUAAAUAUCUGACCAGACAGUCGAUGCUAGCUUCUGGUAUCUGACAGUUUUCCAUCUUUACCAAACAGUGCCCACAACCCAAUUGCAAGGAUAAAUAUUGGCAGCAUACAUUUCUGCAAACAGGAUACAUUACACACACAAUGCUGUUGUUGAAGUUUGGUGAAAAAAACACUUCAUUAUGUUUACGAAAAGAUCGUGUUUUGGCUUAAAAUCAGCAGUUUUAGGGGCACGAUCUUGGCGGGAAAUGCAGAUAUGCAGGGAUGUCUCUUUAAAAAAAGAGCUGCUUUUGGUGGCACAAUCCUCGAUGAAAACACAACCAGUGGUCGAUAAAAACAACCUUGUUUGGAAGCCAAAAAAAAUAAAAAUAGCAGCUGGAAACGCAGCGAUGUCUCAGUAAGAAACAUCCGCUUUUGGUGGCGCUAACCUCCCUGACGGGUUGAUAGAAGCAACCACAUUUGGCAGGCGUCUCGACUUUGUGUCGCGCCAUCGACCAUCCAUUCCACCUCCUGAUGACGAAGCCGGCUUAUAUCUAUAUGUCACUUUAGAAAACACUGAUAUAUGUACAAGCAUGAUGUGUCCUUGGUUUGCAGAAACGUAUAUACCAACAUGUUCCUCUGGUGACUGAGCCCCAGUUGGGUUUAAAUCUCAUCCACUUAAAAAGGAGUCUCCAAGUGUUCCAAAAGCAUAAACUGGAUUUAAGUCUAAAUUCUUUAGUAAACCCAGUUUAAACAACCAGCAGUGGCGGAUUUGCACUGGAAAUAUUGGACUGAUCAUACUGACUUACUCAAAUCAGAUUUUGUGCUUUGUGCAUUCACUGCAUUAUGAGCUGUUUGCUUUUAUGUUAUUGGAGAAGUACAUGAACUUCUAGUUUUUUGGCAGGGGUGUGCAAUAAGCUUUUGUUUGACGCGACCCUCCUGUGUUUGAAAAACUCUUCUGAUUUGUAAAUUUGAUGAAAAUUCAUCAGCAUCUGAAUUUUUAUGAAGGCUUUGAUUCCAAAAAUUACAAAUAUAAAUCCCCCUUUUCUUCUUUUUAAAGAUAUAUUUGUUGUAAUUUCCCAAAUAAUUCAAAGAUGAAAUCCUGAAAUGUAAAUAUAGAAGCUGACUAGAUUUGACAACUUGAAUAAAUAUUCAUGGUCGGUUUUUUUUGUCUUCCGUACCGGCAAUAAUUUAGUCACAGUGAUUUUUAAAUGUUACAUAUCUCAUGUUUGGAAUUGCGUCCUUGUUUACUUUCUUUAUACUAAUGAUUAUGUUGACGCUGUUUGACGUUACAGAGUCGAGUGUGUUGAAGCUUCUUGUCGACUGUUGAUCAGUCUUUUGUUGUCUUAGUGUUCAAGGCUCCGCAAAGUAACGAGGCACAUAACUUAACCAUGUCUGAUGGUUUCGAUGGACUGGGCAACAUUUUGGGCAACAUUAGCAACACCUCCAGCAACUGGCAACGAAGUGACAGUGUUGUUCAGGAGUUACAUUAACGUGACAUUUAAUGCUUUAAAACUCUGAAUGUAGUCUACACAAAAAUAAAUGAAAAAAUAUGGAAGCACAGAAAAGCCAAAAUUAUGAUUGAAUUUAAUCUUCUGAAUCUGAAUUUAUCUGGUUUAAAUUUUCAUCUAAAACUUGUGAGAAGGUCAUUUUAAGUUUCAACAUUUCACAAAUUGAAACUGAACAACAUAACCUGAUGUUGAACUUUGCCUGGUCGUUCGAGUUUUAAUUUAUCAUCUUGAAUUUUGAUCUUUUUUGGCUGGUUUUUAAAACAGAAAUGACGACUUGAAAUUAAGCAACUUGAAUAUCAUUUCUAAUUAAUAUUUGGAUGCAAUUUUAUGAAUCUGAAUUUGUGAGUUAAGUCAUAUUUUUAAAGUUGCACCACUUGAAAUUACCUUCCUGAAAAUCUCAAAGUGGAAAUUUCAAACCACAAAAGUUCAUGUGAAUGAUUAUAAAUAUGUAUAUAGCCUAGCCAAAAAGUGUUUUACAGAAUAAAAUAUAUUUAAACGCUUUAAAUUGAGUUGUAUUUACAGUUACACAAUAAAUAUUAGUGUUGACUAAAUGUCAAAACUUCUACGUUGCUUAAAAUAUUUAAAUCCUUUUGGCCUUUUUUUGCUUCCAUACUUAUGUGAUGAGAUUUACUAUUGUGAACUAUGUGAGUAAAGCAGCGAUGUUGAGUCACUGUCACAGAAACAAUGUUGCCCAGUUUUGGGUCAAAGUUGCUCAGACUGUUGCCCCGUUGCAGAGAACUUCACAUCUGUCCUGAAACUAUGACUUCUGAUCAGUUUUCAAUACACAACAUUUAUCUCUGAGUGGUGAUUAUCAUGAUGUGAAUGUAAAUUUAUGGAUUUAUGGAAGCGCAGGCAACAAUGAAAAGUUGUUUUUUUAAUGAGUGUUUGAUGUUAAAGCAGUGAAGGUAAAAGUCUCACAGUCCGUGCUUUUGUUGCAGGCUUUUAUUUCCUCCUGUUAAUUUUACUUGUGUGUUUCUCCUCCAUGUCUGUGGACCGUGUUGUUGUGUGGAGUCUGAUGUGAAGGGAUAGAUAAUGUAAAGGCUCAGGUUGGGACGGAAAUGGUUUUAUACCCCUUUCUUUAAAUUAAAAGGUGACAUAUGACCUCUAACACCACCAGAGCUCAGUGGAAACUGCAGCAAUAUUAAUUACACUUUGCACUAAGAACAAAGUCGUGGAUAGAGGAACAAAGUUUGGACCAGGAAGUGCAGAAAGAUUUUGAAAGUCAGACAACAUGAGCAGGUUGUAAAGUCAUAACUGUUAAUUAUUUUCAAUCUACUGAUUAUUUUCUUGAAUUAAUCAAGACCACAUCCACACCCAUACUGUUACACUGGCAUUUAACCUGCCUGGUUACCAUGGCAACAUGCUGGCUUGCAACCCCUUUCUUCACGUGUCGCUCCACACAGCGACCUCCGGCCUCCUGAAUCUAAAUUUUUACGGGCACAAUAAUUAAAAACCAGAUUGAAUGUCGAGUUUUCCUCCGUUGUUUGUUUUGUUUUGUGUGUGUGUGUGUAAGAUGAAUGAUGCUUCCUGUGAGGCGGCAUCGCAGCCCUCCAUGUUUGAUAUGACACAGAAACGUCCCCUCUGUAUGUCUGUAUGUACAGAAUCUGCUCCUGGAUGAAACUGGCAUCAUGAUACAACGUGUCCUCGCAGACGUGUUGUUGUGUUGACAGCACAUUCCUCUUAUUGUGGUGUUGGUAGAGAGUAAUAAUAAUAUAACAUACAGAACUAUGAAUUGUUUUUUACUCUCUAAUCAUGCUGUGAUUGUGGGGACGUGUGUCUGUAACUGAUGCUCUAUAUGCACCCUCUGUAUUUGAAUAAAACUGUCAAACUCA